UUUCAGUGACACAUGCAUUGAAGGUGCCCAUACCUGAGCGGAGGUUCCCAGAGCAGCUCAACAUGAGGACGCGCACGCUUUUGUCCAUAACUCUGCUGGGCCUGCUGCUGUGGGCCUCCUGCGCCCAGGCCAACGACGCAGACGAAAACCAGGACAAACAGUCAGAGGAGACAUCAAAGGAGACAGCAGAGGAGUCUUCAGUAGAGACGGAGGAGGAGGAGGAGGAGGAAACCGAAGAGGCACCAAAGAAAGAAAAAACAACAGAGAUAGAGGAGGAGGGAGAUGUGAUGGUUCUGCACAUCAACAACUUUGCCAGAGCUCUCAGCGAGAAUCAGUAUGUGCUGGUGGAAUUCUAUGCUCCCUGGUGUGGUCACUGUAAACAGCUGGAGCCACAGUAUGCAGAGGCUGCUGGGAAGCUGAAGGCGGAGGAGUCCGCGAUGCGUUUGGCCAAAGUGGACGCCACUGAGGAGAGGGAGCUGGCUGAGGAGUUUGAGAUCGGAGGCUUCCCCUCUCUGAAACUCUUCAUCAAUGGAGACCGCGAGCAGCCCAUCGACUACACUGGUAAGAGGUCAGCAGAGGGAAUAAUCCAGUGGCUGAAGCGCCGUACAGGCCCUGGUGCUGCAGUCCUCGACUCUGCACAGUCUGCAGCUCAGUUCAUCGAUGCCCAUAACAUCACUGUUGUCGGAUUCUUUGAUAGUCUGGAGAGUGAGGCGGCUAAGGUGUUCAAGGAAGUUGCCCUUGAUACGACUGACACAGAGUUUGCCACGACAACGACUCCUGAGGUUUUCCAGAAGUAUGAAGUAAAAGCCAACUCAGUUGUCCUCUUCAAAAAGUUUGAUGACGGCAGAGCAGACUUUGCAUUGUCAGAAGAAGGGAAGCUGGACAAAAGUAAUCUGACCACCUUCAUCCAGGAAAACAGCCUGGAGCUGAUCAUCCCAUUCAAACAGGAGACUGCAGAAAAGAUCUUCUCCUCUAGCAUCCACCUGCACAGCCUGCUAUUCAUCAACUCCACAGUGGAGAGUCAGACAGCCCUGGUGGAAAAAUCCAGGCCUGUUGCCAAAGGGUUCAAGGGCAAGAUGUUGUUCAUUGUAAUUGACGUGACAACAGCCGUGUCUCAUGUGCUGACAUACUUUGGCGUGUCCGAGAACGACACCCCCACUGCACGCAUCAUAAACAUGGAUACAGGAAAGAAGUUCAACAUCGCCGCCGGGGAUCUCACAGCAGAUUCUCUGCGACAGAUGUGCCAGGAGGUUGUCGAUGGCACUGCCAAGCCCUACUUACGCACAGAAGAGAUCCCAGAGGACUGGAACAAAGGACCAGUCAAAGUCCUGGUGGGGAAGAACUUUGAGUCUGUGGCUCUGGACCCGACCAAAAACGUCUUUGUGGAGUUUUAUGCUCCAUGGUGUGGACAUUGUAAGGAACUGGCUCCCAUCUGGGAUCAGCUGGGUGAAAAGUACGCUGACCAUGAUGACAUUAUCAUAGCCAAGAUGGAUGCCACAGCCAACGAAGUGGAGUCUCUCGAUAUUCGUGGAUUCCCCACGCUCAAAUAUUUCCCAACUGCCGGCAAAGAGGUGGUUGACUAUACUGGGAAAAGGGAUCUGGAGACGAUGUCUAAGUUCCUGGAUGAUGGAGGAGUGUUGCCUAAGGAGGAAAGCGAUGAGGAGGAAGAUGAGGAUGAAGAGGAUGAAGAGGAAGACAAGGAAGAUGAUGAUGCUAAGGAGGGUGACGACACCGGUGAUGACAGCAAGGAAACUGACGAGUCUGCGACCAACAAAACAUCUAAAGAUGAGCUGUGAUAUCACUUCGGUUUCUUGUCAAUCAGAAUCAACCUAGUGUCUUCCUUUUUUUUCUUAAUAAAAUUAAAUUGGGUUUAAAAGUA